GCGCGCCACCAUUCGCACCCAUGGCUGUCAAUCACCGGGUCCCAGUUGGUGAUUACUUGCCAGCGCUUGGUGAUUUCCGACGAUCUCUGAAGGGGAUGCAAACUGUUUUGUUUACGAACAGUUCUCCUCCCUGUCAGCUCCGGCACACUGCUUUGGGUGGCUGUGCACAGCACAGCCAUUCAAAGCAACACUACCCCCUAGUAAAACACUCCCAGCACACAGUUAACCCUUUGAUCAGCCCUCAUGUUAACCCCUUCCUGCCCCAUGCCAUUAGUACAGUGUCAAUGUUUUUUUUAGCACUGAUCACUGUAUUAGUGUCACUGGGGAUGUCAGUGACACCAAGUCAAUUCCCAGCAGUGUCAGAAUGCCCGCCGCAGUCCCGCUAUAAGUCGCUG